AUGUGUUACCCGCCACACCAAUAUUGUCAACAUCACUCGUGCUCUUCUAAAGGUACUUUACUUGAUGAGAUCAGUUUUUCUAACGCGUCACCAGUUCCGCGUAGUACCGGACAAAAGGAUAUCUCAAUGCAAGACAAUCAUAUACAUAACACCCUUCAACCACCCAUCAUUUGUAAUACAAUACAAUCUAUCCAUCCGAAAGUUGAACAAGAUUUUCAGCAGUUAGUUAGUAAAACAGAAGAUAAAAAACGACAUGAUGGCCUACUAUCACUUCUACAUCGUUUUCAUAUUAUUUUUGACACCACGAAACAUAAUAUUGCAAACACACCAAUAAAUCACGUUAUUAACACACUUCCACAUUCACCACCUGCACAACGAUCAUACCCUCAACCAAAUAUAGAAGAACCCAUGUAUAAAAUUUGCCAGGAAUUCUUAAAAGCUGGCCUGAUAAGCGAAUCCUGUUCUCCAUACGCAGCACCGGCGUUAUUCGUGAAAAAAUCUGAUGGAAAGAAUCGUCUUGUCAGUGAUUAUAAAAAGUUAAAUUUGGUUCCAAGAAAAGAUUUGUCUCCCCUCCCUAACAUGGAAGAUACAAUACAAAAGCUAUGA